AACAACAUAACAUUUCUCGGCGAAGGAAAAUCCUGCCGUACUUUUGGAAAACUUUUCCCAGGGAAAACUCCAAGAGAAAAUGUCUGAUAUAUCCCCUAUACAUGGUUAGGUCUUUAUAUUAACCUCCUCGGUACGUGGGACGUGACAGACGUGCCCCUCCCACUGCGCAUGCCCCGCCGCCGUCCUUCUGUUCACCUUACCGCGCGAAGAUGGCGGCGUCUACCACGAUGCAGUGGGCUCCACACGAUUACCAGCUUCUGGCCAAGCAGGACGCAUAUCGGGCCAUGGAGGCGGAGUUGGCCAAGCUGUAUGCCACGGCACCGGAAGAUGACUCUGCCAAGAAGACACUACAGAAAGAUUUUGAAGGCUUCAAGAAGCUCUUCACCAGAUUUCUCCAAGAGAAAAGUCCCCACAUCAACUGGGAAAAGAUCCAGCCUCUGCGGGAGGGUGCUGUGUUACCUUAUGCUGACAUAAAUCAGAGAGAGCUGACACCCGAGGUCUGCUCCAAACUACUGAGUAAGCUGGUAGUGCUGAAGCUGAAUGGAGGCCUGGGCACCAGCAUGGGCUGCAAGGGGCCCAAGAGCCUCAUCUCUGUACGGAGUGGCCUGACCUUUUUGGACCUGACCGUGCAGCAGAUUGAGGAAUUGAACCGAAGGUACAACAGUGAAGUGCCUUUGGUUCUCAUGAACUCCUUCAAUACUGAUGAAGACACAGAGAAGAUUCUGAGAAAGUACAAGUCCUGCCAAGUUAAGAUAUUCACCUUCAACCAGAGCAGGUAUCCCAGAAUAAACAAGGAGUCCCUGCUUCCCAUUGCAACAGAUGUGUCUGAGUCCAACCUGGAAGCGUGGUAUCCCCCAGGACAUGGGGACACCUACAAGGCUUUUGCAGAGUCUGGGCUCUUGGACCAGUUCAUUAAGGAAGGCAAGGAAUUUGUCUUUGUGUCAAACAUCGACAACCUUGGAGCAACUGUGGACUUCAGCAUAUUAAACCAUAUGGUGAACCCGCCGAAUAGUCCCUCAUGUGAAUAUGUUAUGGAAGUGACUGACAAGACACGGGCUGAUGUCAAGGGAGGCACACUGGUUGGAUAUGAGGACAAGCUGCGUCUUCUGGAGAUAGCACAAGUGCACAAGGAUCAUGUUGAUGAAUUCAAGUCAGUGACAAAGUUCAAAUUCUUCAACACAAAUAACUUGUGGAUGAAGCUUUCUGCCAUGAAACGUCUGGUGGACAAGAAUGAACUUGACAUGGAGGUCAUUGUAAACAACAAGACACUAGCAGAUGGGCUUGGUGUCAUCCAGCUGGAGACUGCUGUUGGGGCUGCCAUCAAGAACUUUGACAAUGCCAUUGGGAUCAACGUGCCACGGAGUAGGUUCCUGCCUGUGAAGAAGACGUCAGACUUGCUGCUUGUGAUGUCUAAUCUGUACGACAUGGACAAUGGCUUUUUAGACAUGAGUGCCAAGAGACAGUUCAAAACUGUUCCUUUAGUCAAACUGGGGUCCCACUUUGAAAAGGUUCAGGAAUUCCUGCGACGUUUUGAGAACAUCCCAGACAUGUUAGAGCUGGACCACCUGACAGUCUCAGGAGAUGUCACCUUUGGCAAAGAUGUAUCGUUGAAGGGUACUGUAAUCAUUGUUGCUGAGCAUGGGAAUCGUAUCAACAUCCCACCAGGUGCAGUACUGGAGAACAAGAUAGUGUCUGGCAACCUCCGUAUCCUGGACCAUUAGAGCCCACCUUGUGUCCUGGACCAUUGCGUGAAGCUCUUGCUGCACACGGCUUAUAUGUAGACCUAAAUCAUAAGAUAGAGCCAUGUGUUUGAUAAGACUUAACCGCACAGUGAAACCUUGAUAGUACAAAGUUGGUUUGCUUCAAGUGGUAGCUCAUCCCUGUGUGAAGAAUAGAAAACCACGU